AUGGAUUUUAAUCCUUUUACUGAGCCUUCAAACUUUGUUGACCUGCUUAGCAGUCAACAGAAUGUGGUCUUUGGUAAUGUACCCGAGUCACAGCUUCCCUUCUUUGCUAGUCAAGACACGCAUGAUUCGAACAUUGAUGAAGAGACUCAAGGCAGCCGUAAGGAGAGGAGGGCGUGGUCUCCAACUGACGACAUUGUGCUCAUAAGCUCGUGGUUAAACACGAGCAAAGAUGCAGUAGUGGGGAAUGAACAGAAGUCUAUGGCAUUCUGGAAGCGGAUUGCGGCGUACUACAACGCUAGUCCCAAGCUUGUUGGGUGUGAAAAGCGAGAGGCAGCUCACUGUAAGAAUCGUUGGCAGAAGAUAAAUGACCUCGUUUGCAAGUUUUGUGGAGCUUUUGAAGCUGCGAAACGCCAACGUAUCCGUCACAUUAUUUUCGACGACGUUUUCGAAUGA